AUGAGCUUCCGUAAAUAUAAGCGCUACGUAGAGGAGGGCGAUGUAGUUGCCAUUCAUAUGGGUAGAGACACCCUCAAGGCUGUCACUGUUGUUAAAGAUGAGAUCCAGUCCAACAAAUUAGGCAGCUUUCCUCAUAACGACUGGAUAGGAAGAGAAUAUGGCUCUAAAGUUUAUUCAAAAAAAGGAAGCUUCGUGUAUCUCUUGCACCCUACUCCCGAAUUAUGGACGUUGAUGCUUCCACAUCGCACACAGAUUCUGUACCUAGCUGAUAUCUCAUUUAUCUCAGCAUAUCUUGAACUAAAGCCGGGAAGUAGAAUGAUUGAGUCUGGAACUGGCAGUGGAUCCUUCUCACACUCAAUUGCUCGAACAAUCGCACCCACUGGACACCUCUUUUCUUUCGAGUAUCACGAAGAAAGAGCCAAUCUCGCCAGACAAGAGUUCAAAGAUCAUGGACUCGAAGAUCUUAUAACGCUGACACAUCGAGAUGUUUGUAAAGAUGGAUUUGGUCUCUCUGACACAGUCAACGCAGUCUUUUUGGAUCUUCCAGCACCAUGGGAAGCGGUCGAAUCGGCAAAAAAAGCAUUUAAGCAACACCGAACUGGAAAAAUAUGUACUUUCAGUCCGUGCAUAGAACAAGUCAGCAAAACUGUAGCAGCCUUAAACGAGCACAAGUUUGUUGAUAUUACAAUGUUUGAAUGCUUGAUCCGAAACCAGGAAGUAUACAGCGUCAAGAAACUCACUGUAGAUCACGCGAUCCAGAACAUUCGAUAUAUGGAUGCUCGUCGUAAAGAGAACAAAGCCAAGGCUAAACGUAGUAUCGAUGAAAUGAAGGGCCAUACAAGCUAUCUCACCUUUGCCACGUUUUUGCCUGUUGAAGCGGGGACAGCUCCUGCUGCCACCGAAUAA